GCGAUGGUACACUGCAGGGGUUUGGUAAAUUUCCUUUGGAUGUAUGAUAGUAUCACCGAACAAGGUUCAGUCAUCUGAUCGAUCAAGUUCUGCUCGUUCGUCAGAAGUGCUAUGUUCUCGCUGCCUCCACCCUUCGCUCACAUAAAUCACCAACAUUACGCAUGCUUAUGGCUCAUCUUGCAUGCUAUAGCUGACAUAAUUUCGCAACCACUGAGAGUAAGAGUGAGACGCUACGCCGACCAACUCAGACCCCUAAUUCACCGGUCGAAUCGCAAUCGUCGCAUUUCGACGUUACUAACACUUGGCCACUGGGCGAUCUCGUGUCCUCAUCCCGUCGAUAUUAUCUUCUUGCGAAGAAUGACACGUCCAUGGCAUUGAUGACUGUUGCCUGAAGUGACACUGCAGCCUUGUAUAUCAAAGUUGCCGAAAAGAGAUCGCGCGACCAGCCCUAUCGAUCUAAAUGCAGACAUCGUGCACGUCAUAUGUGUGAAGCAACACAC